CCAGACCACAUAUAUAGGCCGCAAAAGCUUGGCCUUGGUCCAGUAUGAAAUCAUCAACCAUGGGUGUUCAGGGAACUGCGCCGAAGAAGCGGACUCGGGUCAGUCACACCAAGGUGCGUACUGGGUGUCGGACAUGCAGGUACAAACUCACCUUGAUGGCUACUGUAUAAGGACCCCGUUUGUUAACCUGGUCCGUGUAGGAUACGCCAUAAGAAAUGUGAUGAGACCCGGCCCAUCUGUCUCAUGUGCAGCAGCACUGGACGUAUCUGCGAUGGAUACCAGCAGACUAUCGACAGAAGAACCCGUGCCUCCCGGCUCCGCCUCUUGUCCACAUCACCGUCAUCAGUUAGCGACACAUCAUCCACCGUGAGCAUGCCGUCCCUAGCGUCGGAUCUGAUCCUGCACACCAAUCAGAUCGACCUGACCCGGCAGGAACGUUGGUAUCUUGACUUCUUCCGUCGGAGUACUGCUUUCCAAUGUUCCGGUUACUUCGAUGAUGAUUUCUGGCUGCGUCUAGUACACCAGGUCACAGAGGCUGAGCCGGCAGUCAGGCAUGCUGCCAUCGCACUAAGUGCUCUGCACUGCAACUUCGAGCGGACCAGCACCGGGCAGGGUACCGUGGACAGCCGCCUUCCUCUCCAGCAAUGUGUCAAAGCCAUCUCCUCCCUGCGACAGCAGCUAGCUGGGGGAGGACUUCCAUCGCGUAUCAACAUGGAAAUUACUCUAGUGACCUGCGUGCUUUUUGUCUCGUUUAUGUUCCUCCAAGGGGACACCCAUUCAGCCUGUUGUCAUUUGCGUGGCGGCCUUAAGCUUCUGAAGGAAUGGAAAGGCACCGACCUAGCCGGGUAUUCCACUACUGGUGCGGUAUUGAUGAAGGUAUUUGCUCGUCUGCAACUACAAUGGUCGACCUUUGCGGACGACGUAUUUAUCGAAACGGAGAAUGACCGCUUUGACGUUCCAUACAUGGAAAUCAACGACCUCAGCCUGGAGGAACCCACCGACAACUUAGAAAAAGCAGGUAACCUGCUCGUCAGUCUAGGUCGGCUCGUUCUAGCCCCUCGUCCUUCGGGCGUAACCCCGCCAGGUUACUGUACAGUCCUAGACACCAAACGAAUGGUCAUCCUCAACAAACUUCAACAUUGGACCGCCGAACUCGACACCUCAAUCACAUCUCGCGGAAGCACCCUGCUGCUACGAGAUAAUACUGUUCUCACAGUACUCAAGCUGUGGAGCGAAAUCAUCUACAUCAUGGCGGCAACCGAGAACCGGCUAGGGGGGAGCGAGACGCGAUUUGACGCCUUUCACAUCAACUUCGGAAGAGCAGUCGCGCUUGCUAAAAUUCUCCUGUUAGCCACACCUGAUCAAUCAGUCAUGCCGAGUUUCUCUAUCGGAAUGGGCAUCAUCCCUCCCCUUUUCUUCUGCGCCUUCAAGUGCCGAGACUGGUACAUCCGCCGGGAAUCGUUACAGUUGCUACGCAGCUGUCAAAGACAAGAAGGUCUCUGGACGACACCCGGAGCCGUGCUCGUUCUAGAAAGGAUCAUCGAGAUCGAAUCGAAGGAACUCAUGCCGGGAGACCUUGUGCCCGAAUCCCGACGUAUCGACUCCAUCCACGUGAACAUCCUUCCGGAUGACAACAAGAUCGGGCUAUGGUACCGCCGAUCAGGCAUGAGCCUGCACAAUGGACGCGUGGAUGCCACCUCCGGGGUCUGGGAGAAGGCCUUGCUAGACUACCAAGUUGGGUGACACCGGCUCUCAGGUUUGGGUUGACAACAACCACUGGGCGGAAUAUUAUAAUAUACCUUGUACUAGAUACCAAUUUGAUUUUUGCGUUUGUUCUUAUCUUGCUCCAAAUUACUGGCUUCCUAUUUAGAUAAAUAUCACAUCUAAUCAUUCAC